AUGACUAAAGUACCCAUCCCUCGGGUAAAUUCUUGGAGUCGGGGUGUUACACUUGACAUCUCCAACUUUAGACCUCUCUCGAGUCUCACCACCACCAUUUCGCCUCCAUCUCCUACUUCAGACCUCUCUCGAGUCUCGCCACCACCAUUUCGCGGAAAUGCAGGGCUUGAAGGCUCAAAUCCUGGCCUCCGUCACCGUGCUGCUGUCUCCUGUCAACUGUGGCUUGACGACACUGUCCACCUUUCUUUCUUUAGAACGGGUUUAUCCGCCGAGUCACCGAGUACAGAUCAAGCAGCUCCAAGUAGUGGUGUCAAACGGGCUGUGCCGGGCCAGCCCGUCCCAUUUAAACUUGUGUUUUUAACAUUUAUGUGCCGUGUCGUGCCAGCCCAUUUAAUUUAUUGGGCCGUGCCGUGCUAG